ACCGAUCCCAAGUUAGACAUGACGAGAGAGCUGACAGUAUUCGGCAGUCCACGCGCUGGCUCAGUGACCGCAGUCUUAUAUAUAUUUCACUCCUGGGCGGCUCCGUUGCCCAUUUGAAAACAUUUCAGGGAAUGCUGUAGGACUCAUCAAAUGACCGUUAAUAUCCCCAGGAAAUUUGUCGGUUCCGUCAAAGACGACUGGCAGUUGUAUAGUGACCGUUCUGCGGACUACACUAUUGGAUCUCCCAUUGGUUUCGGGGCAUCAUCUGUGGUCUAUGCCGCUGUCUACAACCCUCACCCGCCAGGGCGUCCUAUGCCAUGCGCGUUGAAAGUUCUUGACUUAGACGCGCUGCCCCCUCAUUCGCUGUCUUUGUUACAGAGGGAGACACAACUCAUGUCCUUGACAAAGCACCCAAACGUGUUGCGUGUACGUGGCAGCUGGGUGGAUGGCCACAAGCUAUAUAUUGCCGCCCGCCUCAUGAACAAGGGUAGCGCCGCCGACGUAAUGCAUUACGGCUGGCCCGGUGGAAUGGAAGAAGAGGUUGUCAAAUGCAUUCUCAAGCAAGUCCUAGAAGGCCUCAACUACUUACAUACCAACGGGUUUAUCCAUCGCGAUAUAAAAGCUGCCAAUCUUCUUAUCGACGACGACGGCACAGUUUUGCUAGGCGACCUUGGGGUAGCCGCGUCCCUCAUGGAUGAUGCUGAUUUGUCCAGCAGAUCUUACAAUGAUGCCGGCAAUCGUAUUAUCAACUUUGACCCUGUGUCUGCUGCCAACAGCUCCUGUCCGGCAUUCCCACUUGAGCGCCCUGGUAUGGGGAAACGAAAAUCGUUUGUCGGAACUCCUUGCUGGAUGGCGCCUGAGCUUAUUCAGGGUCACCGUUACGAUUCAAAGGCUGACAUCUGGUCAUUUGCAAUCACUGCUAUCGAGCUUACUCAGGGUCGUCCUCCACGAUCGAGAGAAAGUGCUCAUAAUGUCCUUCUGCAGACCGUUCAGGGUAAACCACCGAAGCUUGAUUCGGUAGGAGGUGUCCACCAGUAUUCACGUGCCUUCAAGGACGUAGUCGAUGCUUGUCUGGUCAAAGAUCCCUCUAAACGUCCAACAGCUGCAAAGCUACUUCUCACCCCAUUUUUCAAGUCUUCCAAAAAGAGAUCCUAUCUGGUUAGCACAAUAUUGGACGGCCUCCCACCCCUUACAAUGCGCCAAGAACGUCGCAGACAUCAUCCAAGCACGAUGACUCAUUCAACAAUGGAAUCAUGGGACUUCAACUUUACAGAGACAACCUCUUCCAUGCCACCGAUCCCUUUGGGCUCAAACCGAGAAAGUUCAGGGGGUGCGCCCAGAAGGGGAAGUCUUGAUGUUGGAUCACUGGCAGAUGAUCACCACCAGCUGGCUCGCCUUGACUCAGUACAUCCAGGAUUCGGGCUUUCACACGAUGUCAAAGAGACAGCGUCAAUCAUGCCUACUUCAGACUUAACGUCCAUCAACGCCCAGGGUCGUGAUCUUGAGAACGAGAAGACAGAGUUUCUCCUUCCAGGUUCGCAAGCCCACGCUGGAUACGGAGAAUCCCAAUCUUUAAGUUUGGAUUUGUCAUAUCCCGCAUCACCACCUGCGUAUAUGCCUAAGCGUUCCGUACCAGCUCCCAUCCCCAUCCCCAUUCCAAAGCGAGCGUCAUCCAACUUUCGUAAUUCAUCUUUCUCGAAUUCCAGAGACAGCGCGGCUUCUUCCCCCACCUCUGCCCCAUCAUCGGUUUCUCCGAAACUUUGGCAGCGCUUGACCCGCGCUACUUCUCGCAAUGCCAUAGGGGAAGAGCCACCUGUCAAAGAGAGGACGAUGAGCGGAUUAUCACGUAUACUUAACAGGCGGAGCUCCGCUUCUUUGGCUCAACGCCCUACUGCAUAACUUUACCAUUGUCAAGACUACACUAUCUACGUUAUCAUUGAGUUUAUCUACAGCCAGUCUAGUCCAUAUCCAUCAUUACUGUACUGUACUGUUUAGUGGCUAUUAAUGUCACGUAUACCCCAAGCGUCUCAGCGAUAAUUGUCACACAAGUCUUGACAAGACACAACUGCAAGCUGACUUCUAGUAAUAUCUAUGACUCCAUUACAGGACAGUAAAAACAGUAUAUGAUAAAUCUCAUCCAACAAUGAGCUUUCCGUCGGCUUCAUUGAAGUCGUAAGGAGGGAUCUCUA